CCAAGAUGGCGGCCAGUGACUUGAAGUGGCUUGGACUUGUUUAAACUGGAAGAUGUGGAGUGGACUGUUACCUCCAGGACUGAAUGAAAGUGAUGUUGACUUAAGUUCUGAUGAGGGAGAUAAAUCGUAUGGUUCCUUUUCCAAGGCAGAUGCAGAAGAUACUGAAAGAGUUCAGCUUUCUGAAUUCCGGGAGAAUGGACCUGGAAGUAAUGCUGUCGGUGAACCCAUUGUGAUAUCGGUGACAGAUGGAGAAAACGAAUCUCAAACAUGCCCUUCUGGAGUUUCUUUAAAUAUGUGGAAUAAAUUUGUGGAGCUUCAGAAGAAAAACCGUGAAAUAAGAACCCAAGCAAAUCAGGGAAACAAAAGCCAAAAAAGAAAGCGCUACAGAAAAGAAAAACAGAAGAAGAACGAUGAAGUGACUAAGAGUAGUCAGCAGUUGGCAAAUGAAGACAGAUGGAAAGAACUUACACAAUACUUUGGAAUCAAUGAUAGAUUUGAAUCACCUGUGGAUAGCAGGGCUCCACAAAAGUCUGGCCUUGAACUUAGCAUAGAGAAGUCUGUGGCUGAAGGUGACAUUGAUAAGGCCGAGGAGCUGAGUGAUAGAUUAGCCAUUCGUGAGCUUGGUGUGAAAAUUGCCAAAGCUGCUGCUUGCCGCAACUUUGUAAAAGCCAAGCAAGAAGCAGAGGCUGCCCAAGAAGCUCGAAAGAAAAAGAAACUUGCUUGGGGAUUUGAAGCCAAGAAAAGAUGGGAAACAAAAAGCAACAUGGGAUACAUGUAAUCCAUCCUGUUUUCUUCAGGAGUCAAAUACCUGUUUUUUAUUUGAAGAAUCUUUGUGGGUGACUUCCUAAAUCUAAACACAAAAAAACCCCCAAAACAAAACCCAACACAUCAAAUUCCUUGUACUUCUGUUAAUGCUGUUAAACUUCACUAUCUUGUUUUGGUGCUCUCUUAUAAUGUAGCAAAAAUACUAUCUAACCAUCAAUGCUAUGUUAAAUAUAGUAUUUUUCUCCAAAUAUCAAAAUCUAAGAUAAUGCAUUGUAGAAUCCAUUUGGAGUCUGGUAAAGAACUCUCUUGGACUAAAAUACUUGGUCCAAAUGUGUUCUGUGCUGCACUGCAGUUAAAAUAAUGCAUGGGUAUAAGGAGAGGGAUAAGUGUUCUUGCUGAGGUUAUACAGACUUAAUGUAGUCAGCACUACUUUUCUGAUUGCUUGAAAAUUUGGGGGGCACUAAAUAAAGAAAAGCAAACCCACCAUACUUGUUUAAACACCAGUAUUAUUUAUGCAUUUAUGGGCUUAGUAAAUACAAACAGAAAAGAAUGGCUGACAAAGUCCAUCCUCCCUCUCCUGGGAGGAUCUGGUACUAUUUGUCGUGUCCUGGUGCCAUGUUCUUCAGAAUACUUCAAAUUCCCAUUUUCCUUUCCUUUCUGAAGAACUCAAGUGUUAAAAGUCCCAGUUUCUUUGAGCAGAUAAAAUAUAGAAUAUGUAUCUUGAAAAAUACCUGAAAUGUUAAUGUUGUGCAGUUAGCUGCACCCAAGAAACAAAUGCAGAUUUUACUCCAAGUCAAAUGUUUUACAGAUCAAUUAGGAUUUGAAUGUUGGUUAUAAGUUUAUAACAAGAAUUAAUGUUUCUUCAGAAUUGUUCUCAGUGAAAAGUAAGGACAUAUUCAGAAGUAAUAACUUUUCUCCCUGAAGGUCUUCCAUAUAUGUUUAGUCACCACAAUGCCUGAAUUGAAUUGGUAAUGUAAAUGUCAGUUAUUGUUAACCAAGAUUAAUGUGUUUCAGGCCAAAGGUAUGGUAUUAGCGUAAUGGUGAUUUACUAUGUAAGUACUUGAGGCUAAAACAACUUGCCAACAAACAGCAAUUUGAAGUUUUACGGCACCAAUUCGAAGAGUUUAGGUUUGCAGGCCAACAUGGAAUAGUGCAUUUUUGUUCAUUAGCCCUCAGGAUGUUUGAUUCUUUUUUAGCAGAACAUUGUAUUUCUUUCACAAAUAUGAGAGUUUGCAAUAUGGUAAUCUGCAGUUAACUGUAAUUAGUUAUGAUGACAGAGUUAAAUACAAUUGCCAGGAUUGUAAAUCAGGGGCCAAACAGGUUUCUGCAGUGUAACAUCAUAAAUCUCACACUAUGGUCUACAAACUACAUGAGCUUUAGAAACUUUGGUGUGGAAGGAAGCAAGUGAUAUCUCUUAGUAAAGUGAUUAUAAAGGUAAAUUGCAUGUUUACUUGCGUAAACAAACAAACAGAUUACCCUAUGAACUUUCAUUAAGAUUUUUCUCAGUUCCAAAUGUUCCUGUCCUGUUGACCUUUCUGCUUGUUAUAUGUUGAAAAGCAGGACGAUGCUGGCAAUUUUGUGCUGACAACAUCAGCAGUAUUCCAUUAAACGUUUAGAAGUAGCUUGUAUUAAAAAGAUGCUAUACGUUUUCUUGUAGUAGUUGCGCUUAAUAGUAACAGUAUUCAUUAGUCAAAGAUCUUGAUCUAAUUGUAAGGAUCAGUGCUGUUUGAUGUAAAAAUGUGCUUUAAAAGAAAUCCAAACUGUCAAAGUGGUCUGAGAACUUGCCACAUUGUAUUUGUCACAGCAGUGCAUACCCAUCCACCUCUAAUAUUUUUCACUUAAAGUAACUGAUUAGUUUUAUGUUAGGCCAUUAAUAAUGUAACUGUUUAGGAAGUAUGCAGAAUAUUUGCAUUGGGUUACUUGGAUGAUGAAUUUAAAAAUGAUCACAUUUCAAGUAUUUUCAUCUACCUAAAGUAUUCGCUUAGAAUAUUAGUUAAUUCUGAGAAUUAUACCAUGUUCAAAAAAAACCCUGAUUAACAAGGAAAAUACAAAAACCUAAUAUGGCUUUAUAGAGAUCAUCUAAAUACAUAAUAAAUGGACACAUAACUGUACCUGUAGUAUACAUCCUCUUAAAUUGCUGAUCUGAUUCUAAGAUGUCUUGCAUUCCUGACACUACUUUUCUUGUAGUUUUGGUCUGUGCUGUGAAUUUUGGCCAAACAAGUAAAACUGCGUUCUGAGAUUUAAAUUUUCCUGGUUUUUAACAGUGUUAAAACAAUACAAAUGCUUGUUUCGGUUAACUGAAGCCUUUUUUAAUCAGCUUAAAUAUAUAAUCUGUUAUACUGAACUAAAUCUGAGAUGUAAUAAUAAUUCUUUCAGCAAAUGAAAAGUUUAUACUAUCUCCUCGUCUGACUGAAAUUAUGUAUCUAGAGGAAUGUACUUAAAUUACUUAUUUCGGUACAAAUCUGUUGUGAAGCCAAAUAUUUAUUAGGAGCUCAUUUGAUGAUACCCUGAGUUGGGCAACAGUUAAAAGGCAGCCUAGCCUAAGCUCCUUCCUACUCCUCAGAGCCUUGAAAAACCCAAAUGCAAGCACUAGUUUUGCCCCAGGUUUUUUCUCCACCACAGUUUUGUAUUUCUUCCACCUAUAGUCAUAGUACUGUCUUGGAUAUCCCGAGUAGUCUUAAGUCAUUUGAGGAAAAAUCUCAUAGCUUCCCAGUGCAAGGGGAAUGUCCUCUCACAAUUAUUCAUUGUUCCUUGAACAAGGGCUCCUGUCUUGAGCUACCUGGCCUGAUCAAAGCUAGCUCUGUUAGGUGCCAAACAUUGCCAGUAAGGCCUCUUAACUAAGUUUAUUACUCAGGUACUAUAACAUAGUGAGGUGGUUAGAUUACUUUUGGUUUUACAGUAGACUUCGUCGAUGUCAAGUUGAUGGCUCUGUGCACUGUUUCACUGAGCAGUGUAGGCGCUCUUUUUUGUACACUUCUCACUCACGUGGGUAUCAUACUUUUUUAUUUCAGCUCCCAUCUGGGGAUAGUCCAGACUCACAUUCUUGCAAUUCUAUUGCGUUCUAAGUCCUACACAAUCGAGAAAUAAAUUGUUUAUCAACUCCUGUGAUAAACUACAGCCAGUUUGAAGUUUGACAGCAGCAUAUUCAUACAAUUACUAGUAUUCCUUAAUACCGCAUUCCUGAGCUUCUAAACCAAAGAGUGGCUGCAGGGACAGUUUGACAGAUAAAAACAUAUAUAGUUGUUAGAGUUUUAAUAGUUUUUUGCCUGCAACCAUAACCUGUAUCAUUAUUUUUUUAGUUUAAUUCUGUUGGACAAGUUUCAAAGAUAAAUAUGGUGUGUAAUAAGCCUUUGCAACCUCUAAUUUGUGAAGGAGUGUCUGUCCAGUUAAUACUUGCUCAUUGAAGCAAGGGGUUUUGAAAUAGCUCAAGUACGAACUGUAAUUACUGAUGUCUGUUUCCUAUUCACCUAUGGCUUCUGGCAUUUGAUCAAAAAAUGUAAUGUAUUGCUUAAUCUCAGAGCAUUCCCCACUUCCAAAAAUAUUUACUUCAUGAGAACGCUGCAGCACUAAAUGACCUCAGAUUUUUAUUUGGCAUUGAUCAUUGGACUUGAUGAUCUUACAGGUCUUUUCCAACCUUAAUGAUUCUGUGAUAUCUAGUUAAUCCACCAACAAGUAUUUUUCCUGUUAUUUUCGGAUGUUGGUAAUUCAGAUAUGCAUGUAUUUAUAAUGUACCUCUAACGCAAACUCAAAGCAUUUUAAAAUAAGUUUUAGAUAUCUUAAUAAUAGGGUGGGGUUUUUACUUCACAAAUGGGGUGACUAAAAAAAGGAAUACAAAGGUUGAGCAAUUGAUGUGAGGGCAAACUGCAACCUGGCAGCAAAGUGGCAAAUGGAAUUUUGUGGUUUGUGUGCAGUUUGUCAUAGCUGGAAAUAACAUGGAGAAAGAAGUCUUGAACAAAUGUGAGGCAGGUACCUAAAUCUCUUUGAAAGCCAUUGGGAAUUCAGUACCUCAUUAACAUCUGUCCUACUGAGGGAGUAAAAAAACUUGAGAUAUUGAAUGCAGAUGUUCUAAGCAUCACAAGAGUAAGUGGAAGCCCUAAUUUCAUUUGAGAAAAGUUGUCAUCUUGUUGAAAAAUGCCUGCAUUGCUUUGAUCUGCCUCCAGCUGUGUUUAUUAUACCAUCAAAUCUUGUCUUCCUGGUUCUCUUGCAACUGUGUGUAACAGAGUUGAGAGUUUUUCUAUUUCUUUGCUUAGAAUCAGACCUGGAAUAUAACAUGUUCUCCUCAAAAAGCAUAUGAGUUAAAUGGAUACGAAUAAAUGUAAACAGCCAACUUAC